AUGGUUUCUGCUACUAAGAAAAGAAAGACCACUUCAAAGGCUCAUAAGCAUACACAUGAACAUGAAAAGGAUGAAACCUUCGAUGAAUUACUGAAACCAAUAUACAAAGGGAAAAAAUUAACAGAUGAAAUCAACACGGCUGACGAUAAAUGGCAUUUAUUACCUGCAUUCCUAAAAGUGAAAGGGUUAGUAAAACAACAUUUAGAUUCAUUCAAUUAUUUUGUAGAUGUGGAUUUAAAGAAAAUCAUCAAGGCAAAUCAAUUAAUAUUAAGUGAUGUGGAUCCUGAAUUUUAUUUGAAAUAUGUGGAUAUUAGAGUUGGGAAGAAAUCUACUUCUUCAGCAAGGGAUUACUUAACUCCACCUCAUGAGUGUAGAUUAAGAGAUAUGACAUACUCUGCCCCAAUUUAUGUCGAUAUCGAAUAUACAAGAGGUAGAAAUAUUAUUAUGCAUAAGGAUGUCGAGAUUGGCAGAAUGCCCAUCAUGUUGAGAUCAAAUAAAUGUACAUUAUACGGUGCAGAUGAAAAGCAAAUGGCUAAAUUGAAUGAAUGUCCCUUAGAUCCAGGUGGGUAUUUUAUUGUCAAUGGUACUGAAAAAGUUAUCCUAGUUCAAGAACAAUUAUCUAAAAAUCGUAUCAUUGUGGAAGCUGAUGAAAAGAAGGGGAUAGUACAAGCAUCAGUUACUUCAUCUACACAUGAAAGAAAAUCUAAGACUUACGUUAUUACUAAAAAUGGGAAGAUUUAUUUGAAACAUAAUUCUAUAGCAGAGGAAAUCCCAAUCGUUAUUGUCUUGAAAGCUUGUGGUAUAGUCUCCGAUUUAGAAAUCAUGCAAUUAGUUUGUGGCAAUGAUAGUAGUUACCAAGAUAUAUUCGCUGUCAAUUUGGAAGAAGCUGCAAAGUUGAACCUAUAUACACAACAGCAAGCAUUAGAGUUCAUUGGUGCAAAAGUAAAGACUAUGAGAAGGCAAAAAUUAUCCAUUUUACAAGAAGGUAUUGAAGCAAUUGCAACUACUGUUGUAGCUCAUUUAACUGUCGAGGCAUUAGAUUUUAGAGAGAAGGCCUUAUAUAUGGCAAUGAUGACUCGUAGAGUUGUGAUGGCUAUUCAUAACCCAAAGAUGGUUGAUGAUAGAGAUUAUGUCGGUAAUAAACGUCUUGAAUUGGCAGGUCAAAUGGUCUCCUUACUAUUUGAAGAUUUAUUCAAAAAAUUCAACAGUGACUUCAAAGCUACCAUUGACAAAGUAUUAGAAAAACCAAACAGAGCCAUGGAAUAUGACGCUCUAUUAUCCAUCAAUGUUCAUUCCAAUAAUAUUACAAGUGGUUUAAAUAGAGCUAUUUCAACAGGGAAUUGGUCAUUAAAGAGAUUUAAGAUGGAAAGAGCAGGUGUCACUCAUGUUUUAUCAAGAUUAUCAUAUAUUUCUGCUUUGGGUAUGAUGACAAGAAUUUCAUCCCAAUUCGAAAAAUCAAGAAAGGUCUCUGGUCCAAGAGCGUUACAACCUUCUCAAUUCGGUAUGUUAUGUACUGCAGAUACCCCAGAAGGUGAAGCAUGUGGUUUAGUUAAAAAUUUAGCCUUAAUGACGCAUAUUACUUCAGAUGACGAAGAAGAACCAAUAAAGAGAGUCUGUUAUGUCUUAGGUGUUGAAGAUAUCAGUUUAAUUGAUAGUGCGUCUCUUCAUUUGAAUUUCGGUGUCUAUUUAAAUGGUACUUUAAUAGGUACAACAAGAUUCCCAAUUAAAUUCGUUUCCCAAUUUAGACAUUUAAGAAGAACUGGUAAAGUUUCUGAAUUUAUCUCCAUUUAUACAAAUUCCCAUCAAAAGGCCGUCCACAUUGCUACAGAUGGUGGUAGAAUUUGUAGGCCAUUGAUCAUUGUUACUAAUGGUAAGUCACAUGUUACUGCAGAUCAUUUAAGAAGUCUUCUAGAAGGUAAAUUAGUUUUUGAUGACUUCUUAAAACUUGGUUUAGUAGAAUAUUUGGAUGUCAACGAAGAAAAUGAUUCCUUUAUCGCUUUAUAUGAAAAGGAUAUUAACGUUGCCAGCACUCAUAUGGAAAUUGAGCCAUUCACAGUCUUGGGUGCAGUUGCUGGUUUAAUUCCUUAUCCUCACCAUAACCAAUCUCCACGUAAUACUUAUCAAUGUGCGAUGGGUAAACAAGCCAUUGGUGCUAUCGCUUACAAUCAAUUCAAGAGAAUAGAUACUUUAUUAUAUUUGAUGAUAUAUCCACAACAACCAAUGGUGAAAACAAAAACUAUUGAGUUAAUUGAUUAUGAUAAAUUACCUGCUGGCCAAAACGCCACAGUGGCAGUUAUGUCUUAUUCAGGGUAUGAUAUUGAAGAUGCCCUAGUAAUAAACAAAGCAUCUAUAGAUAGAGGUUUCGGUCGUUGUGAAACCCGUAGAAAGACAACAACAAUCCUGAAGAGAUACCCAAAUCAUACACAAGAUAUUAUUAGUGGUAUGCGUGUAGAUGAAAAUGGAGAUCCAAUAUGGCAGCAUAAAGCUCUUGGACCUGAUGGGUUGGGUGAAGUAGGUAUGAAAUUAGAUAGUGGUCAAAUAUAUAUCAAUAAAGCUGUUCCAACAAACCCAACUUCUGAUUUAAAUGCUGCUCCUGAACAAUCACAAUAUAGAGAUACCCCAGUUAUGUAUAGAGCUCCAGAACCAUCACAUAUUGAUCAAGUUAUGAUGUCUGUCUCCGAUAAUGACCAAGCCUUAAUUAAAGUUCUAUUAAGACAAAACAGAAGACCAGAACUAGGUGAUAAAUUUUCUUCCAGACAUGGACAAAAGGGUGUUUGUGGUAUCAUUGUGCAGCAGGAAGAUAUGCCGUUCAAUGAUCAAGGUAUUGUGCCCGAUAUUAUUAUGAAUCCUCAUGGUUUCCCAUCUCGUAUGACUGUUGGUAAGAUGAUUGAAUUGGUUUCUGGUAAAGCAGGUGUUUUAAACGGUUCUUUGGAAUAUGGUACAUGUUUCGGUGGUUCUAAAUUAGAAGAUAUGUCGAAGAUAUUAGUCGAUCAAGGUUUCAACUAUUCCGGUAAAGAUAUGCUUUAUUCAGGUAUUACUGGUGAAUGUCUACAGGCAUAUAUAUUCUUUGGUCCAAUUUAUUAUCAAAAAUUGAAACAUAUGGUUCUAGAUAAAAUGCAUGCAAGAGCUAGAGGUCCAAGAGCUGUCUUGACGCGUCAACCUACUGAAGGUAGAUCAAGAGAUGGUGGUCUGAGAUUAGGUGAAAUGGAAAGAGACUGUGUUAUUGCCUACGGUGCAUCUCAAUUGUUACUAGAAAGAUUGAUGAUAAGUUCGGAUGCUUUUGAAGUUGACGUAUGUGAUGAAUGUGGUUUGAUGGGUUAUAGUGGUUGGUGUACAACAUGUAAGAGUGCCGAAAAUAUCAUCAAAAUGACUAUUCCUUACGCCGCUAAAUUAUUAUUCCAGGAAUUAUUAUCCAUGAACAUAGCCCCAAGAUUAAGAUUAGAAGAUAUUUUUGUGAAAGCAUAA